AUGGUGCUGCUGAUGUCGAUCGUCUCUUUUACAUUUUCACUUUUAUUAACUCCUUUCUUCAUGAUUUCUUUGGGACUGAUAUUUAUCGCAUCCAUCGGGAAGUCCCUCGGGAUACGCAAACUUUAUAUUAAAAUGUUGCUCACGUUAUUUGAAUAUGGAAGAUUGAACAUUGAAAAAGUCCGACUUCAAGGAAAAACUCAAGACGAUAAAAACAAACAAGACAAAGGUGGCGGCGGUGGCGAGUUUAAUUCUUCGACUGAUAGUUUUAAUUCGUCAUUUGAAACUGACGAUGGAAAAUUUAAAAAUGGAUCUUUGGGAAACACCGUGAUAGCGAGGUCCAGAGAUCUUAUUCUAGUACCUGAACCAGAACAGAAGAACAAAAAUAAUGAGGAUAAGUCGAGUAAAAAAGACCCACAGACUGAUGAUGAUGUUAAUGAUAAGAAAAAUAUGAAAAAUUAUGAAAGACAAUCGUCUUUUGAAACACUACACACGGUCUUUGAUCCGACCUUUUGUUUUGAUUAUAUAAAGGCUGGUGUUGAAGCUAUUAUUGAAGAUCAUAUUUAUAAAAAUAAUUACGAAAGUGAUAUUCGCUGUUUUCGCUCCCUUUGUCGGCGGCUGUGA